UUUAAGUAUCUAUUUGAGGAUCAAAAAAUAAUAAUUUGUUCAAGAUUGUUUGAACGUUGCAGCAACAUAAAGAAUCAAUGUACAAACAUUAGCCUAGAUUCAACGUAGAAAAGAUAUUUAUACUUCAACAUUCAAUAUCGCAACGUUUCAGCAACAUUAUUUUAACUUUCUGCUGUAUGGGUUGUUUACCGAGACGUUAUCUUCGAAUUUGUUCACGCGAAGUCUCUCUAUCGCACGAGGGAAAUUAUAUUCGUAAAUUGUAGUGUCUGAUUUAUAUCGUGCGAUGGUUGCAAGACGGUUUAAAUUUACCUUUUUUUUAUAGAGAGAUUUAGCUUUGGUCAGUCUGUCAAAGGGAGCAAUUGAGGUGAAGGUGGAAAAAUUUUUCGCAAAUGUGUGCUAGAUUUUAACGAAGCGAAAGUGCUUAACGUCCGUACAGCACGUGUGAAUUAAUGGAUUCAGUUAACGCGCUCUUACGUUCCCCUAAAACCUAUCGGUUAACCAACGAGUAGCCUAGAUUAAUUAGGACUUAGAAUUAGUAAGGACUGUGUCAAGUCGAUACGAUUGGGACUUAUUUUCGACUGGAACUCUCAUGUCAUAUGCGGCAUCUGCUGACUCAUCCACUCCGAAAUGGAUGACUUGGAUUUCGAUAAGUCUUUUGUAACUGCGAUGUGCUUCGGCCAUGGUGAGAUCUCGUGAUAAAUUUGUUUACGCUAGAAUCGGAUGUGUGCCAGCACGUGUAUAUUGAUAGUAUUCCGAGAUUAAUUCCGAGAGAUUAAUUAUACGCUUAACGAUAAUCCUUAAAUACUUCAGUGUCGAUAAUGCAAGCGAUAAUGCUAACGAGAGAACUAACAAUCAGUAAUAUUAAUGAGUUAUUGCAGCCUUCGUGCAGCCUAAUUAAAACUUAUCGAUCUAUUCUGUAAGAUUUUUGCCCUGUAAGCUCGUUUUAGGCCUUGCAUUUUAUAAGAAGAUUUUCUAUAAGCUCUGUAGCCCCCGUUAGCUCUUUCUUCUUUCCGAUGUUUGCGCUUUCCCUCCAGCUCUACACUACUACAUAACUUACAGAGAUACAGCGUUACAGAGCAUCUUUACAGAAUAGACUCAUUAUAGACGCCGUCGUGUGUGCGCUGUAGUAUCAUAAUUAUGAUACAGUAAAUGCGUACUAUAUAUAUUAGUGGUACGAAUCUUUUCUCUCACUCGUUUUUCAUUCAUUCUUGUUUCUCGCCCGGACCGUCUGGAUUUUAUUUUUUCACUUUCCCUGAAAAAUUCUCCUCUCUUUUUUUUGUUUGUUUUUUUCUUCGUUUGUUUUUCCUUCGUUUGUUUUUCCUUCGGAGUUUUAACGACCCUUUAAAGAUCAAGCGAAAAGCGCCGAUCGAUCAUUAGCGAUUGUCGCGCUGAUGUUCGCAGAUGUCAAUUGUGCCGCUCAUUUUCCGCAAUUGGUGGGACGAAUUCGAGCGUCCCUCGCGGCUUUUGGAUCAGCACUUCGGCACUGGCCUCUACCGAGACGAUCUGAUCUCAAGUCUCUCCGGUCUCGGCAUCGAUCGGCCAGCACGCUCGAUCCUCGGGAAUAGGUACUACCGACCAUGGGGGAACGUGACGCGUCAAAAUUCGAGCGGGACCAGCACGAUCCAGUUGGACAAUGAGAAUUUCCAGGUGAUACUGGACGUGCAACAAUUCUCACCGGAGGAGAUCACGGUGAAGACGGUCGACAAUCACGUCGUUAUCGAGGCGAAGCAUGAGGAGAAGCAGGACGAGCACGGCUACAUCAGCAGACACUUCGUACGCAGAUACGUCCUGCCCCCGUCUCACGACCUCGUCAACAUCACCUCGACCCUAUCCUCGGAUGGUGUGCUAACUAUCACGGCGCCCAAAAAGAACGUGACGCCGGCUGGCACGGAAAGACGCAUCAAUGUUGUUCAAACGGGAGUACCAGCUGCCAAGCCGGUUCCCGUCGAAACAACUGCUACUACCACUAGUACCACCACCACUACCACCGACUGAAGAAUUCAUUAUCCGAUACUCUCAUUCCGACAUUCACUUCGUUCUGUUACUUUCUCGAUUCUGGAUGUGGCGAAACAAUUUUGGAGAAUGACAGAAUCGUGCCGUACCUAACAAUUUUCCAAUUUUGAUUUCACAAAAAUAUAAUUUUCUAGCGCAUAUAAAUAUAUUUUGUUACAUCGUAGAAAUUAUGACGUUCUUGAGUUGCGUAAAUUUCUUUCGCUCGUUUGCGAUUUUUAUCCGAGUUAUCGGAGUAUCUGCCAUCAGUGUGUUAACUUUAGCCUCCGUUUAAUUAACUUUCUCUCCUCGUCUCUUUCUAAUCCUAGUUUUGGAAGAGAGAUAAUUAAUUUCUGAGAGAGACGCAAACAAUUAAACUUAAGAUCCCCGAGAGAAUAGUUAUUUAAUAGCAAGCAAUAACACAAUUUACAAAUGUGUAUAAUUUAAAGAUUAUCAAUUAAAAAGAAGAAAUACCACAACAUUAAACGUUAACAUACGUUUACGCGCUCCCCUUCCUUGUGUUGUUAUUUUCUAAUUUGGACUAUGAAUAAUUACAGCACAAAUAA